CGGUGGUGGGGGCCUGUAGCGUGAACGCGCACCGUGAUCCUUACGUCACUGAAGCGCCCUGGCUCGCGGAGCUACUGGUAGUGCUGGCAAGAGAGGAAAAAAAGAAAAAAAAGAAAUAAGUAUUAUAGUAAAGCACAUCCUUUAAUGUAGCGGAUUGCCUUUGAUAACGGUCCGUCUGCAACACAGGAGUACGGCGCAGUGCUUAAACUACAACUGGAUAAACGGGAUAUGUGAGAAGAAGAUCGCAGAGCUGACGUCGACCUGCCGUUGUCAUGGAGUGACCGGGCCUUCCCCCUCGUUUCGCCGACCUGCCGCGUUAAAGCCUCCCGAAGACCUCCUCUUUGUCGAAACAUGAAAUCCUCCGUUCUGUCGUUCAGCUAAGACAGACUCGAAGAAGAGGGAGGAAAAAAAAAAUCACAGAGCGCAGCAGAUUCCCGGGUGUUCUCCAGAGGGAAUAUAUAAGUUACACAUCUUUUGCUUUUUUCUUUUCAUUCUUUUAUUAUUUUUUUUCCUUCUUCUUUUUAGUUUUUUUGUUUUUUUUGUUUCCCGCGGAACAAAGCUCGGGUGCCCAGCCCCCCCCUUUCGGAGUCCGCCACCAUGUAUGGCAGCGCCCGCUCGGUGGGCAAGAUGGAGGGGAACCACAGCGGGGGCAGUAACCAGAGCCCCGGCCGCUCCCCGAGACUGCCCCGCUCCCCCCGCCUGGGCCACCGCCGCACCAACAGCACGGGGGGCAGCGGGGGCGGGGCGGGCGGGUCCGGGGGCAAGACGCUCUCCAUGGAGAACAUCCAGUCGCUCAACGCCGCCUACGCCACCUCCGGCCCCAUGUACCUCAGCGACAACGAGGUGGUGGUGGCCCCCGACCUCCCGAAGAGCACCAUGACGCUGGGCCGGUCCGGCGGCCGCCUGCCCUACGGCGUCCGGGCGGCGGUCAUGGGCAGCAGCCCCAACAUCGCCACCGCGGGGCCCGGGGCGAUGCCCUGCGACGCCAUCGCCUUCGGGGACCACCACAUGCCCUCCAGCCUGGCCUCCACCGUGCCCCACUCCCUGCGGCAGGCCCGCGACAACACCAUCAUGGACCUGCAGGCGCAGCUGAAGGAGGUGCUGCGGGAGAACGAGCUCCUGCGCAAGGAGGUGGACGUGAAGGAGAGCAAGCUCAGCUCCUCCAUGAACUCCAUCAAGACCUUCUGGAGCCCCGAGCUCAAGAAGGAGCGCGCCCUGCGCAAGGACGAGGUGUCCAAGAUCGGCGUGUGGAAGGAGCAGUACCGCGUGGUGCAGGACGAGACCCAGCACCUGCAGAUGACGAUCCAGGCGCUGCAGGACGAGCUGCGGAUCCAGCGGGACCUGAACCAGCUGUUCCAGCAGGACUGCGGCGGGCGGCCGGGCGAGCCGCCGGCGACGGAGCUGACGGAGGAGAACUUCCAGCGGCUGCACUGCGAGCACGAGCGGCAGGCCAAGGAGCUCUUCCUCCUGAGGAAGACGCUGGAGGAGAUGGAGCUGCGCAUCGACACGCAGAAGCAGACGCUGGGCGCGCGCGACGAGUCCAUCAAGAAGCUGCUGGAGAUGCUGCAGAGCAAGGGCCUGUCGGCCAAGGCCAGCGAGGAGGACCACGAGCGCACGCGCCGGCUGGCAGAGGCCGAGAUGCACGUGCACCACCUGGAGAGCCUGCUGGAGCAGAGGGACAAGGAGACGGGCGCCCUGCGCGAGGAGCUGCAUCGCCGCUACGAAGGGGCGCCGGAGUCCGCCAAGACCAAGGCUCUGCAGACCGUCAUUGAGAUGAAGGACUCCAAGAUCAGCUCUCUGGAGCGCGGGCUGCGGGACAUGGAGGAGGAGAUCCUGAUGCUCAAGUCCAACGGCGCCCUGAGCACGGAGGAGCGCGAGGAGGAGAUGAAGCAGAUGGAGGUCUACCGCAGCCACUCCAAGUUCAUGAAGAACAAGGUAGAGCAGCUGAAGGAGGAGCUGUCUCAGAAAGAGGCUGAGGGGGCGGAGCUGAGAAAGCGGGCGUCUGACCUGCAGCUGGAGUCCGCAGCAAUCGACCAGGUGAAGCAGGACCUCUCCCGGAAGGACUCCGAGCUCCUGGGGCUGCAGACCAAGCUGGAGACGCUCACCAACCAGUUCUCUGACAGCAAGCAGCACAUCGAGGUGCUGAAGGAAUCGCUGACCGCCAAGGAGCAGCGCGCCGCCAUCCUGCAGACCGAGGUGGACGCCCUGCGUCUGCGUCUGGAGGAGAAGGAGGCCAUGCUGAAUAAGAAGAGCCGGCAGAUCCAGGAGGUGUCGGAGGAGAAGGGCACGCUGAGCGGGGAGAUCCAUGACCUCAAGGACAUGCUGGACGUGAAGGAGCGCAAGGUCAACGUUCUGCAGAAGAAGAUUGAGAACCUGCAGGAGCAGCUGAGGGAUAAGGAGAAGCAGAUGAGCAGUCUGAAGGAGAGGGUGAAGUCCCUGCAGGCGGACACCUCCAACACCGACACCGCCCUCACUACCCUGGAGGAGGCGCUGGCCGAGAAGGAGCGGAUCAUCGAGCGUCUGAAGGAGCAGCGGGACCGGGACGAGCGGGAGAAGACCGAGGAGCUGGACAGCACCAAGAAGGAGCUCAAGGAGCUGAAGGAGAAGGUCAGCCUGCUGCAGGGAGACCUGUCUGACCGUGAGACCUCCCUGCUGGACCUGAAGGAGCACGCCUCCUCCCUGGCCUCCUCCGGCCUCAAGAAGGACUCCAAGCUGAAGAGUCUGGAGAUCGCUCUGGAGCAGAAGAAGGAGGAGUGCCUCAAACUGGAGUCCCAGCUGAAGAAGGCCCAGAACGCGGCGGUGGAGGCGCAGGCCAACACGGAGCUGUCGGAGCGCAUCGCGUCGCUGGAGCGGGAGGCGGCCCGGCACCGGGAGGACGCCGGGAAGGCCCAGGCCGAGGUGGACCGCCUGCUGGAGAUCCUGCGCGAGAUGGAGAACGAGAAGAACGACAAGGACAAGAAGAUCAACGAGCUGGAGAGGCAGAUGAAGGACCAGAGCAAGAAGGUGGCCAACCUGAAGCACAAGGAGCAGGUGGAGAAGAACAAGAACGCCCAGCUGAUGGAGGAGGCCCGCAAGAGGGAGGACAAUAUCAACGAGAGCUCCCAGCAGGUGAAGGAUUCCCUGCGGCAGAAGGACGACCGCAUCGAGGAGCUGGAGGAGGCGCUGCGGGAGAGCGUGCAGAUCACGGCCGAGCGGGAGAUGGUCCUGGCCCAGGAGGAGGCCGCCCGCACGCACGCCGAGAAACAGAUGGAGGAGCUGCUGGCGGCCAUGGAGAAGGUGAAGCAGGAGCUGGAGUCCAUGAAGGCCAAGCUGUCGUCCACCCAGCAGUCGCUGGCGGAGAAGGAGGCGCACCUGACCACGCUGCGGGCCGAGCGACGCAAGCACCUGGAGGAGGUGCUGGAGAUGAAGCAGGAGGCGCUGCUGGCCGCCAUCAGCGAGAAGGACGCCAACAUCGCCCUGCUGGAGCUGUCCUCCUCCAAGAAGAAGAAGACGCAGGACGAGGUGGCCCUGCUGAAGAGGGAGAAGGACCGGCUGGUGCAGCAGCUUAAGCAGCAGACGCAGAACCGCAUGAAGCUGAUGGCUGACAACUACGAGGACGACCACCUGAAGGCCUCUUCGCAUUCCGAGCAGACCAACCACAAACCCUCUCCAGAUCAGAUCAUCCCCCCUCUUUUAGACCUCAAUCAGAACCGCAGUAAGCUGAAACUCUACAUCGGCCACCUGACCGCCUUGUGCCACGAACGAGACCCCCACAUCCUGCAGGACCUGGCCCCGCCCACCGCCUAUCACCGCGGCGACCGAGCAGCUUGGGAGGAGGAGCUGCAGAAGAUGAGUCCGGAGCAGCUGGAGUCGGAGCUGGAGCAGUGUGAGCGGGAGAGCGCUGAGCUGCAGGAGUACGCCAACUCCGUCCUGCAGCAGAUCGCCGACCACUGCCCCGACAUCCUGGAGCAGGUGGUCAACGCCCUGGAGGAGUCGUCCUGACCCCGCCGCGGCCCCGCCCGUCUCCGUGCCCCGCUCCGGAUCCCGCGCGCCUCGUUCUCCCAGCGCCCCGCCAAACCGCCACCCCUCCGCCCCGGGACCCGCCCCGCUGCCCCUCUCCCGCCAGCCCGGGGGUGAAUGCCAAACCCCAGGACCGGCAAACAGCCAGUCAGACGGCAGCAGAACAAAUCUGGCGAACUUGAGUUACGCCGUUUGGCACAGCACUACAGGGCACCUGCGCUGGGAGGGCUUUUCCAGCGCCCGGCCUGUCUGACGGGCUGUUUGCAGUUCUCACAGAGGAGGGGGCCACCCCGCGCCUCCCCAAACGGCCCGGGAGCGCGUAAUCCUCCCGCCCGCCCCCGUCCCCGUCCCGUCCCCGAAAGUGCGAAUCCAGGUCACCCGACCUAUCGGGAUGGGCGGGGGCGGAGAUUCUGGAACUGUAAUAUCCGCUCGGUCGCGCCACAGACACCCCCCAGAUGUGCCCUCACAUGUCAGGUUCAAACCGGGACGUUUUUUAGGUAAGGGGGGGGACAAAAAAAAAAAACAAAACACAAAAAAAAAAACAAGCAUUUAACAUUGAGAGAGCACAAUGAGGUCAUAAUUGCAGGAUGUUGA